AGUUUCAAAUUUUGAAAAACUCUCCAACGUCUCUCUCUCCGCUCCCCUUCCCCAAAUCCGCUCCUUCCCCCUUUCUGCAAAACCCUAAAAUCAAAAAUCAAAUCUUCGAAAUCUCUAAUUCUGAACCAAUUUCACGCUCAUUUUCCCUCUCGUCAUCAUCAAUGGCGCCUCGUAACCAAAAUCGACCUCCCAAUAGCUCUACCAAUAAGAAGGAUGGCGGAGAAGAAAUCCCUAUUGAUAAGCGCCGGAGAAUCGCCGGAGGAGCGAGAUUGGCAGGGCCCACUGCGGCGAGCAGGGCGAGGCAGGUGCUUUCCGCAGUCGGUUCCAACAAUCAAGAUACUGCUAGUGAUACAGUAUCUGUUGCCGAGGUUUCGGAGCAUGUAGAAUUUACAAAGGAGGAAGUCGCAGCGUUACUGAAUGAGAAACCUAAGGGCAAAAAGUACGAUCUUAAGGGUAAUUUGGAGCAAGUUACGGAGUUCAACAAAAAACUCAAGCUUUGUUUAAAAUGGUUUCAAGGAGUUGAACAAAACCUCAAUCAGGAGCAGGAAAAGCUGCGGAAUGCGUUAGAUGCUUCGGAGAACAAAUGCUCGGAAAUCGAGAUUGGGAAGAAGAACAAGGAAGAUGAACUUAAUGCAACCAUUGGCGAGUUAAGACAUAAUUCUGCAGCUUUGGCGGAGAAACUUUCGAGAGAAGAGUCAGAUAAGCUGGACGCGAUUGAAUGUCUUACUAGAGAAAAAGACGCGAGAGUUGCUGCGGAAAAUUUGAAUGCUUCACUUUCACUGGAGCUUGAGAAAACUAGGCAAGAAAAAUUGACAGCUGACCAAAAGGUAGUAUCAGUCAAUGACAUGUACAAGCGCUUGCAAGAGUACAAUACAAGCUUACAGCAGUAUAACAGCAGACUGCAAACAGAUCUUGCAACAGCUAAUACAACGCUUCAAAGAGUGGAGAAGGAGAAAUCCACAAUCGUAGAGAAUUUGGGUACCUUAAGGGGACAUUACACCUCUUUGCAAGAGCAGUUAACAGUCUCAAGGGCCUCCCAGGAUGAGAUUGCAAAACAAAAAGAAUCAUUUAUGAGUGAAGUGAAUCGCCUGCGAGGGGAAUUGCAACAAGUAAGAGACGAUCGUGAUAGGUUGCAUUCACAAAUACAGCUCCUAACUGCUGACCUCGAAAAGUAUAAAGAGGCAAAUGGGAAGUCUGUAGAAACAUUGGAUAACUUAAUGACUCAGUCAAAUGCCUUGGAGGAAACUUGUGCUUCACAAAGGGAGCAAUUGCGUAUACUUCAACAUCAGCUUGCUUCAGCCAAUGAGAAGCUUAAGAUGGCAGAUCUCUCUGUUUCAGAAACUAGAACUGAGUAUGAAGAGCAAAAGGAAAUGAUACGUCAUUUAAGACAACGCUUGGCAGAUGCUGAGCAUCAAAUUAAUGAAAAGGAGAUGUUGAGGAGAAAGCUGCACAACACUAUUUUGGAAUUAAAAGGAAACAUCCGCGUCUUCUGCAGAGUGAGGCCAUUACUUCCAGAAGAUGGCUGUGCUUCAGAUUUACCAUUUAUCACGUAUCCUACCUCGGAUGAAGGACAAGAACAGGGCAUUGACCUCGUUCAAAGCGGACAAAAGUAUGCUUUCACUUUUGAUAAAGUGUUCACUCAAGAGGCCUCUCAGAAUGAUGUGUUUUCCGAAAUAUCUGAGUUGGUGCAGAGUGCACUUGAUGGAUACAAGGUUUGUAUAUUUGCAUAUGGUCAAACGGGGUCAGGAAAAACGUAUACCAUGAUGGGCAGGCCUCAGUCCAUGGACCAGAAGGGGCUUAUACCACGCUCUUUGGAGCAGAUAUUUGAGACUAGCCAGAGGCUCUCAGUCCAGGGCUGGAAGUAUAAAAUGCAGGCAUCAGUACUGGAAAUUUACAAUGAAACGAUCAGGGAUCUGCUAGCACCUACCCGAACAAGUUGGGAUGCAGCCCGUACCGAAAAUGGUGUUCCAGGAAAGCAGUAUGCAAUUAAGCAUGAUGCAAACGGGGACACAUACGUUUCCGAUCUUACCAUUGUUGAUGUCUGCAGCUCAAAAGAGGUUGCUUCUCUUCUGCAUCAAGCUGGUCAAUGCCGGUCGGUUGGCAAGACACAGAUGAAUGAGCAAUCAUCACGAAGUCACUUUGUCUUUACCCUGCGGAUAACUGCACAAAACGCGACCACUGAAAAGCAUGGUGUAUUAAAUCUUAUUGAUCUUGCUGGAAGUGAGAGGCUCUCUAAAAGUGGGUCAACAGGUGAUCAACUGAAAGAGACUCAGGCCAUAAAUAAGAGCUUGUCUUGCCUUGCUGAUGUUAUAUUUGCUUUGGCCAAGAAGGAAAGCCAUGUUCCGUUUAGGAACUCAAAGCUUACAUAUCUUCUCCAGCCUUGCCUUAGCGGCGACUCCAAGACACUGAUGUUUGUCAAUCUCUCCCCCGAACCAUCAUCAGUCAACGAGUCACUCUGCUCCCUCCGAUUUGCAGCGAGAGUUAACACUUGUCAGAUAGGAGUUCCUCGCCGUCAGACAGCUAUAAGAUCGGCAGAUCCUCGAUUAAGCAUAGGCUAAAGACACUAUCCUUUUUCUUCCCUCUCCUUUUUUUUUCUUAACAUCUAAUCUCACAACCACACAUCUCCUGUUGGUUAUAUGUUUACUUGUAAGAAAUAUGUUCCUAGAGUGUAUGGGUUGUAAUCUAUAUCCACAUAAUCACAUGAUGAGCUUGCAUUGGAUUUGUAUAAGCAGCUAUAGGGGGGUUGCAUUAAUUGGUUAUUCUGAUGUAUUGUAAUAUAUUGAAUCCGAGGGUAAAGUUUCCUGCUUGCCUAUAUUACCUGAUUUAAAUGGGUUUCUGCCUUCCUUUUUCUUGCA